AUGGAGCAGGAAUCACACUGGCAGCUGUUCAAUACGUCUUGGACACUCCACCGUCUGUCCCCUCUUCACCACGGAAAGGAUUUCGAGACCCUUCUCGACAACCCGGCCGCUUUGAAAGCAUAUGCAACGCGAUUGCGCGACCAACUUACUGGCGAUAUUCUCGCUGGACUUCAUGCGAGCGCAACUACAGCAGAAGAUGACGCGUUAUCAAAGACAGGCGCACUAAAGAAAUGUCUUUGGCAGUCUAUCUCCGCUGGUGCGCAGGGCAGACGCGCGGGCCCUUCAUUUCCAGGAAUACUGGUGACUCUGGAAUAUGAAAACAACACCUAUAAAGCCGCCCUUCUUGCCGAUGCAGAGCCAGAGAAUCAACGCGAGGGAUCCACCUUCUUCCCUCUACUAUUGACCAAACUCCCAAAUGCACUACGACAGACCUUCAUAUCAUUUCUAUCUACCAAUUUUGACACCUACUGCUCGAAUCUUCGACUUCCGUCAACGUUCCUCUGCAAGGGUCUUGAAGAUUUUGUCGAUGAGCUACGCAACGGCCGGGGACCUUCCGGACGCUCAGCUGCAAACGAGACGAUCGAAGAAGGAAUCAAAGAAUUGCAACUUACACUCGCUUUUUCACCCUCAAUCGCGCCAGCUUUGCGCACACUUAAUAUUACCAUUUCUAGAGCGUCUCUGAUUGCAUUCCUACGCGACGAAGCUCCCAAGUCGAAGCGCACGCUCAAACAGAAGUUGCGCAGUCCGUUGAUCGGAAACCUUACUGCUUACCUCGAAACGCACCUGGCGAUGCAGCUGGACCUGGAUGGCUCAUCGCAGAACCAGACUUCCAGGAAGCAUGUCCGUUUAUCGAAAAUUGCAUGUGCUGCGUUUGUCUUGGGAGGUGAAGGGCGCAUGAAAUUGGUUGUUGGUGCUGAACCGGCGGCAGAUGAUCAACCGGACGAUGCACGGGAGCAGAGCUCGCCUGCUCUGCAUGCAAGUGAAAUGCUGCUUGAGAUGGUCGUGCGCAGGGCUAUCAUUGGCGACGAGAAAACCACAUGA